AUGGAUAAUAAAGAGAAUGAGAAGUAAGCUAAAUUAAAGGAAUUUCAAAGGAGAUUUCCAAACUAUAUGAAUGGGAAGAAAGUGAUAUUUCCUAUAAUGGAUGAGAUAAUAGUUCAAUUUUCAUAGAUAUUUCCUUAGAGUAAUCAAUUUGGAAAGAUGAGAGAGGGAAAUGUAAUAAAGACUUUUUCACCAAUUCCUUUAAAUCAAUAAAUUGAGAUUACAACUUUCAUAAAUGCUUUUCCUUAUAAUUAAUAAUUUGCAGCAAUGUCUGAUAGCUAGAAUUAGUUUUAAUUGCUUCUUUCCCCUUUAUUAAAGUUAACAGGACAUUUAAUAAAAGACUAUCAUACUAAUGCUACAUUUUCAAAUAGUUAUCAAUACUCUACCUUUGAUACUUAAGAACAGUCAGAUCGUAUUAAUUUCAAGUUAACAUCUUUUAUAGUAGAGGAUAUUUUUAAGUAUAAAAUGGGUUUAUUGAAGCCAAUAGACAUAGCAAAACAAAGGUAAGUGAAAGAUGAAAUAAAAAAGAAGGGAAACAAACCUCAAAAAAUGAGUUUAUUAUCUAUUGUAGAGAAAUAAUAAUAGGAAGAAGAAAAGGAUAUUAAUUAAGAUUUAACACUUUAGAGUUAGAAGUAUGAAUUUGAAAAUUAUUUGGAUCCUACUUGUUCACAUUUUUGGAAAAUAGCCUUUGAAUCAUUUAAUAAAAUAAUAAAAAAGUCAUAAAGAACAAAAUUAUAAGAUAUGGAUAUAGAAUAGGAUUCAGAUGAAUAACCAGAAACAAUAUAAAAUGUUAAUAAAGAAACACUAAAUUAAGAUAAUAUUGAAAUGAGACGAUAAUAAAUAAUUAACAAAUAUUAAUAACUUUGUAAGUUGAAGGAUUAAAAUAAAAAGAAAAAUAAAUAAACAAAAUAAUAUUCUUAGAUUAAAUCAUUUAAGAUUAAAGAUAGAUAUACUGAUUUAGAAAUGCUAAGAUUCAAUAAUUUAUUUAAAUUUUUGAUACAGAAUUGGCCAUCAUUGUUACUAUAAUCAAUUAAAUUACCUUAUGUUUAAUCUUUAUUUACUGAUUAAGAGCUUAGAAAUAUCAAGAGUAUAGGUUAAAAUGAAUUAGGUUAUUUUGGAUUGAAAGCUAAAUAGAGAGCUGACAUAACAAGUAAUUUAAUUGAAGGAGUACGUGAAAGUGAUAGUUUUAAAAUAAUAAUAGAAUAUAGAUAAGAAGUUACAGAAGCAGUAGGAUUAGUACUAGAAAAUGUUUAAGAUGAAUUAAACAGUAUCAAUUAGUCAUUAUUAAAGAAAGAUAGUUAAUAUACUUAAUAAUAACAAUAAUAAUAUCGAAAGAUUUAUAAAUAAUAUCUAUAAUUAGUAGAGUUUAGUCGACUUUUCAUUAAUGGAUGCUUAUAUUUAGGUUCUGAUAUUCAUGGAUUUGAUUAUCAUAUAUUCUCGAAUGAUAUUGAUCAUAUUUAUUAAAAUAAUGGUUCAGAAUGGAGAGUCUUAGAUGAAAAUUAAGUUUAAUAAUUAUUUAAGACAUUAAAUGUUUGUGGUGUAAAAGAGAGAGAAUUGUAAACGAAUAUUUAAAAAUUAAUGGCAUGUGAAUUAUUUAAUGAUUAAGACACAAAAGAAUUAAUUACCAUUAAAAAUGUUGAAUAAUCUUAAGUAUAGGCUGGUAAUAGAAGUCCAAAAUAAUUAAUAGUUAAAAUAUUAUUAGAAGUUGUAUAAAAGUAUACUGAUAUUUUGAUGGUAAGAAAAAUGAGAUGGGAAUCAUAUAAAAUAAGAGAAAAAUUUUAAAAUACUAUAAAAACACUUGAAAGUCCUUUAGAUAUGGUAGAUUUUAUGAAGAUUUUAAUUGAAUAAUUUGAAACUGCUUAAGUAUUGGUUAUAGAUUAAUAAAAAAUGUAGAAUGGAAAUUAAUAUGAUUAAAAAGAUUUAAAAGAAUUUUAGUAAAGAUUACGUAUAUAUGAAAAUAAAUUAUAAGGAUUGAAAGAACCUGAAAAGAUUUUAUUUUAUGAUAGUCAAUUAUUUUAAAUGAUGGAAUCUAAAGAACAUAUUAAACCUAAUGGUGUUAAAUUUAAUACAAAAUUCUGGUAAUAAAGUUUAGGAUUAGAAGUUAAAGAAGCAUUGAUGAAUUUUGCUAAUAAAGUAGACAAAGAUAACUAAUAAUAUGAUGUUGUAUUUAUGGCUAGUACAUUAUUAUUAGCAGUUUAAGAAUAUGAACUUUCAAAUUCUACUUAAGAUAAUGAAGAUGAUGAAUUACUUAGAUAAAUUGUAAAAGAUGUAAAAUUUGAUAAUUCUAAUUUUCCUUCUAAAAUAGAUAAUAAUUAGAAUAAUAACCAAAUAAUUGAAUUAGAUUGA